AUUGGCGUGAAUAAGUGGAGUGAAUAUCGCUCAAUGAAACGUCCAAAUGGUGCUUUUUCGUAUGAGAUGCCCAAGGCUUUGCUGACAGUUAUCGUGACCGUAUUCCUGACCAUUUCAACGAUUCUAAUCAUUUGUAAUCUCGAUGGACCAGCGAUCUGCAAUUCGAAUGCUAUCGACGAUAUCGAGUUCCUCACCUACAACGACUAUUGCGUGGUACCGUACAUAACAAAGAGUUCCUUAGAGAACACAAUGGGAAUUUUUGACCGAAUCACAUUGGUUCUGCACAUGAGUGCUGACUACAUCGAGGAUAAACUCGCUGAACAGGUUGAUGCUUGGGAAGGACCGAUUUCAUUGGCGGUAGUCAUUCCAUCGGUUGAGAUAUUCACAAGGAUUCGUAAUGUUCGGUCUAAGUUGUCGAAACUGCGUGGAGCGGCGCUGGAUAAGAUGAGCACUCAUAUAUUGUUUCGCUCGAAGACUGGCUGCACAAUGGACCUGUUAAAGUCACUCAGCGAUGAGUCCACAAGAAAUUUUUAUCCAGUGAACGUAGCGAGGAAUGUUGCCAGAAUGAUGAUUCGUUCGAAAUAUUUGUUGAUUUCUGAUUCGGAGUUUGUUGCAUCGCGAGGAUUCGAGAGUCGAAUGCGGGCGUUAGCCAAUGAUGAACUGAUCAGAAAACCGAAAACAGCACUCGUAUUCCGAAUAUUCGAGGUGAACGAAACGAUUAAAAGAUUACCACGCGAAAAGAACGAACUCCGAAAACUUUUCUUCAGUGGUAUGGCUGUGGAAUUUCAUGCAAAAUUCACUUCAGCUGCACACAAAAUACCCAAUCUGAUUGAGUGGUUCAAUCAUCAGGUCAACGAAACUAAAGCUUCAGUCAGCCACACAUUACCCUUCAAGCGACGAGAUUGGGAACCGCAAUUUGUAUCGUUGAAUACAAUUCCAUUGCAUGACGAAAACUUCCCGUUCUCGUUACGUGAUAACACAGUACUGCGAUGGGAGAUGUGCCGACAGAACUACACAUUUGUAUUGGUCAACGAUGUGUUCAUGGUGCACAGAGGCAUUAAAACACUAGCGGAUGCACCCGCAACGAAGAAACUUCAACGUCGAUCACGAUUUCAGUUUUACUCUGCUAUGAAGCUAUUCAAACAGAGAAUGGAUAAGCGAUUUCCCGAAACGAAACAGCAUUGUCCUGAGUUUGGAGCAUAG